AUGCUGGAUCCUGAGGGCAGUGUGGAGCAUCAGCCUUCCUCUUCCUUCCCCAAAGUUCUCCUCAUCCCUCUAGCCAUGCUCCUUGCAAUUGCAGCGCUCCUGCUCUUAGCCUUUUCCGCUACGCAGCAGAAAGAGCCUGAUUUUUACACUUUCAAAGUUGUAAACAUCAGGGGCAAACUAGUCUCUCUGGAGAAGUACAGGGGCUCGGUGUCGCUAGUUGUCAACGUUGCAAGUGAGUGUGGGUAUACAGAUAGCCACUACAAGGCCUUACAACAGUUACAGAGAGACCUCGGCCCAUAUCAUUUCAAUGUGCUGGCAUUCCCGUGCAAUCAGUUUGGGCAGCAAGAACCAGACACUAACAAAGACAUUGAGAGUUUUGCGCGGAAGACUUAUGGUGCCUCCUUUCCUAUGUUCAGCAAAAUUGCAGUCAGCGGAGCCGGUGCAAUUCCUGCCUUCAAGUACUUAAUUGAUUCUACAGGAGAAGAACCAACCUGGAACUUCUGGAAAUACCUGGUGGACCCCAAUGGGAAAGUAGUAAAGGCCUGGGACUCUACUGUCUCCGUUGAAGAAAUAAGACCUUAUGUUACAGAACUUGUACGGAAAAUCAUCCUGAAGAAGAAAGAUGAAUUAUGACUUUCAAAAAUCCCAGCAUUCUGAUUACAUCUUUAUUGAGAAUUAGGGCUGAACUUUGUCUUUUCACAUUCCAAAACAGAGUAUAUCAGGAAGGGAAAUCAUGACCAGCAGAACCUAAAUUCAUCAUCCUAAGAAUGUAGAAAACAGCAAGUUAGCGUGGUAAAAGUAAUUUAAACUUUUUCUCCAACUGAAUUCAAUUUGACCUUUCUGGGAAAGAAGAAGUCAUCAGCAAUUGUUUCUUUCCCAAUUCAA